AUGGCGGCGGCGGCAGCGGCCGUGGCGGGGGCGGGGCGCGGCGGCGGCGGCGGCGGCGGCGGCGCGGAGCCCGGGCAGGAGCGGAGCCGGGCCCGGAGCUGGGCCGGUGCCGAGCGCAACGAAGGCCGAAGGGGAGACCCCGGGGAGGAGCUGGAGGAGGAGGACUCUCCUGGCGGCCGUGAGGAUGGCUUCACCGCGGAGCACCUGGCGGCCGAGGCCAUGGCCGCUGACAUGGACCCCUGGUUGGUGUUCGAUGCCCGUACCACGCCCGCCUCCGAGCUGGAUGCCUGGUUAGCCAAGUACCCACCGUCCCAAGUUACCCGCUAUGGGGACCCCAACUCGCCCAACUCCGAGCCUGUGGGCUGGAUUGCAGCGUACGGGCAGGGCUACACCCCCAACUCCGGCGAUGUGCAGGGCCUGCAGGCGGCCUGGGAGGCCCUGCAGACCGGCGGGCGGCCCAUCACCCCGGGCACCCUUCGCCAGCUGGCCAUCACCCACCACGUGCUCUCGGGCAAGUGGCUGAUGCACCUGACACCUGGCUUCAAGCUGGACCACGCCUGGGCUGGCAUCGCUCGGGCUGUGGUGGAGGGCCGCCUCCAGGUGGCCAAAGUGAGCCCGCGGGCCAGGGAGGGUGGGCGCCAGGUCAUCUGCGUGUACACGGACGACUUCACGGACCGCUUGGGGGUGCUGGAGGCCGACGCCGCUAUCCGUGCAGCGGGCAUUAAGUGCCUGCUCACCUACAAGCCCGACGUCUACACCUACCUGGGCAUCUACCGGGCCAACCGUUGGCACCUCUGCCCCACUCUGUAUGAGAGCCGCUUCCAGCUGGGGGGCAACGCCCGCGGCUCCCGUGUGCUGGACCGCGCCAACAAUGUGGAGCUGACUUAG